AUCUUCGCCCUCGGACUUGGUGGGGGUGCGAACCAUGGUGCACAAGCCUCAAACGAUACCAGCGCUUCGCAUCAACCUCCUGGACAAUGAUUCACGAAGGAUAGAUAUUCGCAACCAUUUGCAGCUCUGCAAGGACGCAAUUGCCAUUCCCACACCAUAGUUCCACCAUCGACCAGGCGCUACUCUGACUGCGCCGGAUCGACAUCCAUCCCCUCUGUCAUCAGCUCCCUCCACAAUCUCAAAAAGCAAGGAGUCAAGCGGGCCUGGGUUGCAGUCGCAUGCUGUAUACUUGAGCAACUUUAACAAACGAAGUGCCUGCUAUUCGGCGUUCAGCGCGACGCACCUCCAUCAUCGCAGCACCACUCCCACAUAUACAGGCAUCGCAGCUGCAUCCAGCUGCGCCAUGUCGUUUCCUAUAGUGGACGAGGCGCCUACGGCCAGCGUUGGAAAAUGUCCUUCCUCGGACGGCUACAACGCGAGCAACUCCAUCCCCUUGGCGCUCGUUCAGCAAGGCGUGGCCCACAUCAUCCUCUACAGCACGCUUUCUACCCUACUUUUCGUUCUCCUUUGUGUCGUCCUCAUGAAAGAUGGUCUCUCACCUUCCAAGCGACGAACACCUGUUGUUUGGCUCCUUGGGUUAGCCAUGCUGCUCGGCGUCAUUGGCUCGGCGCUAGACACGGUCUUCUGGGCAACGCAGAUGUUGUGGACCACGAGCAGCUCUGCGCAGACAGCAUCAUACUACGUUGCGUCCAACUCGAUGUUGUUCAUUGUCCCGUGGGUCGUGCGCUGGGCCAUGUGUCUCCGCAUCGCAUCUUUCUACCCGGUCACGCUCGCCGGUCGACGAAAGCGAUUGACGGUCAUUGCCUUGCCGACGGCGAUGCAAAUCCUCGACUUGGUCGCAUUUUGCAUCGUUCUGCAUGACGGCUUCGACGCCAUUGAGACCGCCGGCCAGGAUGACGGCAAGCUGACGCUCAGCCUCUCUGAGAAACCCCUCCCAUACCGGCUGAUGGUCAAUCUGCUCGCCUACGGCGCCGCUCUUGUCAGCUCGAUCUACAUCAACAUCUUCAUGAUCCGUAAGUUCACCACCCUCAGAGGGGGCGCCAGUCGCGGCAGCCCAACGCUCGCGACCCCACCGCGCAACCUGUCCUGGGCCAAACAGCAGCAGCUGCUUUUCGGCAUCGCAUUCAGCUACAUCACACCAACGCUUUUUCUCGUGUCGCUCAUCGUCAUCUUCUGCACAGUACAAGGGCGCGCCCUCGGCUUUAUGCUGGUGUGCAACGUGUACGUCCACGUCUUCUCGGGGACGCUCGCUUGCCUGUCAGCGUGGGCAAACAUCGGAGGUAACCUCUCGGGAGGUAGCACUUACUAUCCAAAGCACGCAGAAGGCGAGCGACAGGUCUCCAUAGGGGAUGUGUCGGCGCUUUCCGGGCGGUCAGGCAGCAGGAGCGCCAGCCUUGCGCAGACGGCAAGUGGCAUCGGGCUUGGCAGCAACGGUGGCAACCUGGCCACUGUAGGCCAGUUACGAAGGCAUUGCGACAACGGCAGCGGCCUUUCGCCACCCAAACAAGACGGCGUUGUGGUAGCCGGCGGCACCUCCGUCGCCCCUUUCCACAACGCCGCUCGGCUGAACGACUCGAAUAUGCUCCUUGCGGUUGAGCCUUCCAGUGGAGUCACCUUGCACAAUAAUGUCUUAAGCGUACCAAAGAGCUUGCCGAGCCUUUGGUCCUGUCAACCAAAUCAUCAGGAGAAGUACCUGAAGCACUUUCCUCGGCACAGAUUGAGAUUUCACCAUGUUCGCUGACCCCUGCUCAGCGAUAUGACGGGUUAGGGACAGCGGCGAACCGGGCACCUGUAGCAGCACGGGAAGCGGCGACGCAAGGAGAGCUG